AACAUCCAUAUUCCAAUCACAACCUCUCUCAGAGUCGGCCAGUAAACGUAGAAGAUUCACGAAAAGUCGCGCAGAGCAUCGAAGGAAAAAUGGCGGUGAUGGAGAGAUUGAAGAUGUUCGUAGUUCAAGAGCCUGUGGUUGCUGCUUCUUGCCUCAUCGCUGGUUUUGGCCUCUUCCUUCCAGCAGUGGUAAGACCGAUCCUGGAUUCUUAUAAAGCUUCAGAUCAAGUCCCUCCACCUGCUUUAAGUGAUGUUGUCGCAGGUAUGACCGGAAAGAAAUAGAGGGCGAUGCAGAUGGCUGUAAUGGUGUAUUGAAUUUAAAAAAAGAAAAGAAAAGAAAGAUUCCUCCAUUUUCAACCCAUUUUGAUUCCCAUCAUUGAAAUAAUCCUAACUCUACAAUGAUUUAUGGAGAUUUAGUAAUACUUUGAGUUUCAUACUGUUUUCUGUGAGCACAUACAUGGUGUUCACUUCGCUCGUGUAACUGUUUAUGCUGUUUUGUUCAUUAUGAGCUCAACUGAUGUGUCUUUCAGACUCACAUACCAAUGGAUUGGGGUUGCACUGUAUGAUCCUAUAUUUUGGUGUUA